AUGAAUGCCGUGGAUGAGUUUCCCUUCUUGUCUCGACACCCUCGUUUCUUGGGGGCAGGACAUUUUCCCCCCCCGGUUUCCCCGAGCGAAGCUCUCGAGUCGCUGUACUCCUGCAACCAAGUACCAUGGCAACGUUCCGCGGGUGUGUGGAACGGAAACCUUUAA